GGGGACCGGCAUUAUUUACGACACCACGCGGGCCGUACGGCCGUUAGUGUAGUUAACUACGACAGUGCAGGUAACAUGUGAGAAGUUUGGUUCGCUUAAUCGGACUUAAUUACAGAAUCAGUAAACUUUAAACAGUCCGAAGCGUUAUGCACGAAAGGUCGCUCCCCGCCUCUCCCAACUGGUACUGCUCCCGCUGCAGUGACGCCAACAGCAGCGGUUUACUGGGCGUCGGAGCCAAGAACAUCAUCUAUUUGAUUGAGGUGUCUGCAUCCUCCUGCAGGGUCGUAGGUGAGCUUGUGGGCCAUAAAGACCUGGUCUCGGGGUUUUCAUUCUGUCAGCACGCAGGGCAGAGUCACAUCUGCGUCAGCUCCUCCAGUGAUGGGACUGUUCGCUUCUGGGACUCAGACAGCAGGCUUCUUAUUAGGGAACACGCCGCUCAUCAGACCCCCGUCGCAGCGGUGCACUGGUCUCCGGUGGAUAACAACCUGGUGGUGUCGGGGGACGAGAAGGGCGUAGUGGUCUGUCAUUGGCACCACACAGGGGACACCGUGAGCUUCUUCCCCGAGCCCAGGACCAUCUUCUGCCUCACCUGCUCCCCUCACGUCUGGAGCACUGUGGCUGUGGGGUACAAAGAUGGGAUGAUCGUGCUGAUUGAUGUGAGUAAGAAAGGCGAGGUGAUGCACCGUCUCCGUGGACACGACGAUGAGAUCCACUCUCUGGCGUGGUCGCCCAUGGCCACCGAGGACGCCCUCUACAGCAGACCCGAGGAACCUGAAGCCGCCAGUGGAGUGUGUGCAGCAGCUGAGGGGGGCUGCUAUCUUGCGUCUGGGAGCAAAGACCAGACAGUGAGGAUCUGGAGCUCAGCGAAGGGAAAAGGUGUGAUGACUCUGAAGCUGCCGUACGUAAAGAGAAGAGGCUCUGCAGUCGACCCCGGGGUCAAAGAGAGACUGUGGCUCCACGUCCACUGGCCGAGGGGACGGCCGACGCAGCUUGUGUCCAGCUGCUUCAGUGGUGAGAUGGUGCUGUGGGACCUGACCAGGAUGGGGAAGCAGAGGUGGACUCUGUUCGGGACAUCCUCAGAGGGUCAGAACCACAGCAGGAUCGUCUUUAACAUGAGUUCAGUCCGCCUGCGGGACGACAGAGAGCUGCUCAUCAGCACCUCCAUGGACAGAGAGAUUAAAUGCUGGGACAUGGCGUCUCUGGACUGCUGCUGGACUCUGCCCACCCUGGGCGGUUUCGUCUACACCCUGGCCUUCUCCCCUGUGGGUACGGGGUGUCUGGCGCUGGGCGUUGGUGACAACAUGAUCCGCGUGUGGAAUACGCUGACCACCCAGAACCAAUAUGACACCCGGUCCUUCUGGCAGGGCAUCAAGUCCAAGGUCACAGCGCUGGCGUGGCAUCCGAAUAAAGAAGGAGCCUUGUCGUUUGGAACAGAUGAUGGAAAAGUUGGUAUCUACGAGGUCUUCUCAAACAAGCCUCCUCAGAUAUCGAGCUCCUAUCACCGAAAAACAGUGUACACGUUGGCCUGGGGACCCCCGGUCCCCCCGAUGUCAUUUGGUGCAGCUGAAGGAAAGCCGUUCUACAGCCUGUACAGCUGCGCCGGCGAAGGCGUCAUCCUGCAGCACGAUCCGUCGAAGCUGAGCGGGGAGGCGUCUGACAUCGACAAGCUAAUCAGGGACACCAACAACAUCAAGCACAAGCUGUCUCCACACACCGAUCUCAGCUGGAAGCCAGAUGGGAAAGUGGUCGCCAUCGGCAACGAGGACGGGUGUAUUGAUGUGUAUCAGGCCCCCAGUCUGAAGCUGCUGUGCAGCAUCCAGCAGCACCACAAGAUCAUCAACACGUUACGGUGGCAUCACGACCACAGCUCGCCAGCAGAGCUGCACUGCCUCCUGGCCUCGGGCUCCAGCAAUGCCAUCGUCUACGUACACGACCUCCGCUCCAUCAUUGAGAAUCCUCCGGAGAGCCCCGUGGUGCUGACCGAGCCUCAUCGCAGGCUGUGUGGUCACACGGCUAAAAUCACCAGCAUGGCCUGGAGUCCGCACCACGACGCCCGGCUCGUCACCGUCUCAUAUGAUGGCACAGCCCAGGUGUGGGAUGUGCUGCAGGAGGAGGCUGUCUGUAACUACCGGGGUCACGUUGGUUAUCUGCUGUCCGUGGACUGGUCGCCUGUUGACCCCGAUGUGAUCUGGACUGGAGGGAAGGACUUCACCUUGCAGGAGUGGAAAGUCUCCAAACAAGAGUUCACAAAGCCACCUACAGGGAAAAAGAUGGCCGAACUGAAGGAGAGGAAGAAGGCCAGUUCUAAGCAGAAGAAGAAGAACAAGAAGGCGUCGGGCACGGGAGGAGCCGCAUCGCUGGAGACAAACGGAGAGCCGGUUACAGAAGGGCAGAAGGCGGCCACAGGACAGGAGCUGUCAGGUGAAGACGAGGAAGACGAAGUCAGCUCAACGAACAGUCCUGUACCACCAGCCACUUCAGAGACACAAAGAAAAUCCUCAGCUGCUGUAAAGAGCAAAGACAGACCAGACUUUCUGAAGAAGAAGAAGCCUCGCUCCAUGCUGCCAGUCAGCACCUCCAUGGACCAUCGGCCCAAAGAAGAUCUGCUGCAAGACUGCAUCAAUCUGGCCUCCGUCACACAAGGCAAAGCGCCCCCUGCAGGCUGCGUCCCAGGCCAGGGAGAGCACAUCCAUCUGGGCCUCUUCUCUGACAGACAGGCUUUGUACCGCAUGUUUGAGACAGAAGAGGAGGCUCAUGUGGAGGCGGGACACUACGACGCCGUCGUGUACCUGCGGCUGUGGAGCGGAGACCUGGAGGGGGCGCUGCAGCUCGCCACAGACAAAGGAGAGCUCAGCGAGCACCUGCUCUCCAUCGCUCCAAUGGCUGGGUUCCAGGUGUGGAGCCGGACAGUGGAGGCCUUCGUCAAGCAGCUGUGUCUGCAGGAGCAGUACCUGAAGGCGGCGUCCCACCUGCUGUCAAUCAACAAGCUGUACGAGGCCGUCGACCUGCUGCGCUCUCACAAGUUCUACAGGGAAGCCAUAGCUCUGGUCAAAGCCAGGCUGCCAGCAGACGAGCCCGUCCUGAAGGAGCUGUACACCUGCUGGGCCGCUGUGUUGGAGAAGGAUGGACAUUUCUCUGCAGCUGCGAAGUGUUACCUUGCUGCGGGAGCCAGUUUCGACGCUGCUAAAGUCAUCGCCAGGAAGAAUGACGUGUCAUCGCUGAGGGUGGCGGCCAGCCUGGCGAGAAUCUCCGGAGAAGUGGCUCUGGCUCAGUCGCUGGCGCUGAGGUGCGCCAAAGAUCAGGCUGCUGCUCUGGACUGGGUCGGAGCCCAGGAGGUCCUGAGCUCACAGGAGAGCCUGAUGGUCCACAGGCUGCAUCUCUGUGUCGCCGAGCUGCUGGCUGCGAUGCUGGCAGACGCUCAGGUCGCGUCCCAGUCAUGCGUCUCCAGUCACUCGUGGGCGUCGGCUGGCGGGCAUCAUAUCAGCAUCCAGGACCGCGUGAGGGAAGUAUGGGAGCGGCAGUUUGGCGUUUCACAGGAGUCAACGGGACUCCGCAGCGUCGGCACUCUCCUACACGAGCUGAAGUCUGUGGAGACUCCAACACCCACCGCCAGCGUUCCCCUCGGACAGGUCCAGCUGUAUGCAUCCGUCCAUCUGACCCGUGCUGUGUUGAGCUGGUUGUCGGAUGAUGACGACCAGCUGAUAAAGGAGCUCUGGAAGGCGGUGGCCUCGUUCAGAGAUGCCGAACACGUCGGUGUCUCUGCAGAGCUCUGCAGGCUGCUGUUCCCCGACGGUGAUGUCAGCGUUUGUUCACAGAAACAUCCCAAGACUCUUCAUCACACAGAAGAAGAAGCCAAAGCCGCUGCCAGCAGUCUGCAGGCUUUUGUCCAUUACCAGCACCUGUACGAACGCUGGUGGAGCAGCUCCAACCAGAUCCAGAAUGGGUUUCCCCCGGCAGCAGAUGAGUCCUAUCCUGCUGAAGGGAUGAAGAACGGAGUGGUAAACGGAGGAGUAUCGGAGUCCGACCAGAGGAGCAGGCUGAGGGGCAGGUCUGAUAAACUGGACUUUGACGCGUCACUGCUUCUGUCCGAGCAUCACGCAGCCUAUCAGGCCGUUCGGAGGUCCGUGAGGGAGAUCCAGGAGCGGCUGGAGCAGCUGAUGCUGCAGCACAGCAGGGCGCAGAGAGGGCCGCCUGUCCCCGAGGAGACAGAAGUCGACGUGCCCCAGCAGCCGUCCGCCGACAGAGAGUCCUCAGACGGCCAGGGGUCAGCUGAGGCUGGGCAACGGCCUGAGGACCAGGAGACUCUGCUGUCUUUGUCUUCCAAGAUGGCAGAAUACCAGAAACAGCUGGCCGACCUCCCGGACACAAUCAAGGUGUAUCCUCACCCGGACGUUGUCGAGUGCUGCCUGGUUCUCCUGCACCUCAGCAGGACUUCACCGUGGGUCUCCGAGUCCCUCCAACAAGAGGCCAAGGAUCUGCUCCGCAAACACGGGACCCAUCCCUCCGUCCUCAGAGCCUCCCGGCGGUUCCUCACCUGAGCCUCAGAAGUACUUCCACUGAACACAUUUGUUUUGUUGAAUUUAAAAAAAAAAAGAACAUAACUUUAACGAUGUGCAAACAUCCCGAGGCUGUUAGAGCCUUCAUCCAGAAAAGCUGAGGAGAUUUAGGUUUGUACUUUAAAGAAAUUCAGAUAACAGUUGCGUGAUGUGCCUCUCGUUGUCGGACAGUUUGUAGGCUACAUGAUGAUAAAUAUUGACCACAGUGUGGGCUUUUGACCAACAGUACAUAAUGUAUUAUCAGCAAACCUUGUCUGAACCGUGACAGAUUUUAUACUGUAUAAGGAGCUAAUAAAAAUAUCAAGCGAAGUGUA